AUGGCCCUGGCCAACCUCACAGGCGGCCCUCAGUUCCUGCUCCUUGGCCUGAUGGAGGAUGCCACAGACGACCACCCGCUGUUGUUCCUGCUCUUCCUCAGUGUCUACCUGCUCAACGCCCUGGGCAAUCUGAGCAUGGUGGUGCUGGUGAGGUGCGACGGGGCUCUGCGCUCCCCCAUGUACUACUUCUUGGGUCACCUGAGUCUGGUGGACGUCUGCUUUACCUCGGUCACGGUGCCCCGCCUGCUGGCCAGCCUGCUGCUUCCGGGCCAGGCCGUGUCCUUCGGGGCGUGCUUUGCCCAGAUGUACUUCUUCGUGGCGCUGGGCAUCACGGAGAGCUACCUCCUGGCAGCCAUGUCCUACGAUCGCGCGGUGGCCGUGUGCCGGCCGCUGCGCUAUGGCGCGGUCCACUCGCUGCUACACACGCUGCUCAUCUCCGCGCUCUCCUACCCGCCCCGCGCCCCGGUGCGCCACUUUUUUUGCGACAUGACGGUGAUGCUGAGCUUGGCCACCUCGGACACGUCUGCCGCGGAGACUGUCGUCUUCUCCGAGGGCCUAGCGGUGGUGCUGGCCCCGCUGCUCCUCGUGUCCCUGUCCUACGCGCAAGGCCUGGUCGCCGUACUCCGAGUGCGGUCAGCAGGGGGCCGGCGCCGCGCCUUCUCCACCUGCGGUGCCCACCUGGUGGUGGUGUCGCUUUUCUUUGGCUCUGUGCUCUCGGUCUAUUUCCGGCCGUCCUCUGCCUAUUCUGCGCGCUACGACUGCCUGACUAGUGUGGUCUAUGCAGUGGUCACACCGACCUUGAACCCUUUUAUCUACAGUCUUCGCAACAAAGAGGUCAAGGGAGCUCUGAAAAGGGGGCUCAGGCGGAGAGCAGCACUCCAAGAAGUGUAA